GACUGGCCACGCGUGUCUCCACUCUUUCAGGAACAGCGAUCCACUCGCUGGCACCUUCACAAAGCGCCCCUUGAGGAUCUCCAGCUUUUCUGUCUUGAUGAAGAACGGUUGGACUUUCUAAGCAAAUCUACAAAACUGCGACUGACCUUUUAGACUGUCUUUCUAUCCUAUCGUCAACUGACACCGAGUGUACUUUCAUUAUAGAGAAACCCUUUCAAAUGGGUUCCAGAAACGAAGGCCAUGCAUCCCUGCGAUACAUCCCGUUAUCAUACAAUCAAGCUGAUUCUCAAGCCUCAGCUCUGAGGCUUGUGUUGACGUUAAACCCGCACUGGGAACAUUCAGAAGGAGAUAUUGAGUUUAUUAGAUUUACGGAUGGAAUAACCAAUACCCUACUGAAAAUUAUAAAAAGGGUGCCAGGCCUUUCCGAUGAACAAGUCGAUAAUGAUGCAGUCUUGAUGAGAGCCUAUGGAAACCACACUGAAAUAUUGAUUGACCGCGAGCCAGGGGAAACCAGAUCUCAUGCUCUCCUUGCUGAGCGUGGCCUCGCUCCGCCACUCCUUGCCAGGUUUCAGAAUGGUCUCCUUUACCGCUUCAUUCGUGGAAAGGUAACUUCGCCAGAUGACCUUAACAACCCACGUAUAUUCAAGGCGAUAGCCCGACGACUUGCUCAAUGGCAUGCAGUACUACCAAUCAACGAGAUUUCUCCUACGUCAUCGCCCCAAGAAAGGCAGGAGACAACUUCUCCGGCCCGCCCAACUCUUACGCCCACAGCCUCAACAGAGGUGGAUGAUAUAACCCCUGUAAAGAUUCGACAUGCAGGAACCAGUUUCUGGUCCGUUUUGCAGAAGUGGAUUCUUGCCUUACCAGUGAGUACAGAGCAGGAGCGCUUGAGGCGGAGGAAGCUUCAAAAGGAAUUUGAAAGAAUAGUUGCAGAGUUCGAUGAUGAUAAAGGACUUGGCAAGGGCGGGCUUGUAUUUGCCCACUGCGACCUUUUGAGCGCCAAUGUCAUCGUUUUACCGCGCGGCGUCGACUCAACUCCCGCUAAUGCAACUGAGGAUGAAACUGUGAACUUCAUCGACUAUGAAUACGCCACGCCAUCACCAGCGGCAUUUGAUAUUGCGAACCAUUUCGCAGAAUGGGCCGGUUAUGAUUGCGAUUUCAACAAGAUACCGACGCAGUCCGUUCGGAAGGAAUUCCUCACUGAAUACGUCAAGAGCUACGCUGAACAUUCUACAUUAUCUGGAGCUAAUCAAAAGGACGUAGUUGAGAAAUUGUUUAAAGAUGUUGAUCGAUUCCGUGGAAUUCCUGGCUUCUAUUGGGGUGUAUGGGCGCUAAUUCAAGCGACAAUUUCCCAGAUCGAUUUCGACUAUGCGUCUUAUGCUGAGUUGCGGCUGGGUGAAUAUUGGGCCUGGCGUCGUGAGAUUGAUGGAACACGUUCACAAGCAGGCGAAGAAAUGCCCUUACGAGAGCGACGGUGGGCACAAGAGGCAUAGAUGAGCUCAUUUAUCAAUUAAGUGAUUCGUCUGCGAUCUCUUUCCUGCUAACCAAGAAUUAUAAUUAGUUGAUUUCGUUUUGCUUUGACUUCAGCCAACAGCAUGUUGGCCCUCCUAUCAUCCUAUUCUCAUUUUAAAGCCGCGUUCUUUAUGUUUGUUCCAAUCGCACCCUUUACAGCAACAUACACCUUAAAGGUAUUAUCCCCAUUAUGUUCUGUUACUCGCGAACGACAUCGGUAUUCACCUGAGGCUGUGUUUGCCCAAAACAUAAGCGAUUAUAUCAAGAAACAGGAUGCUGCAGAAGCGCACUGUUUAAACCCGGGAGCCUGCGCGUUAGAUUAGGGAACUAGAAAUGAUGUUAUUUGCCUUCAACGAUCAACUCCACAACGAAGGAUAUGACUUUAAAUUCAUCUCAUGCACUGGGUUCUGUUUUGCGCUCUUUAGGUAUAUCAAUACAGUAUUAUAUUUUCAG